AACGCGUACGUCAUUUUCACAAUGGCGGAGGCAGGGUGAGGAGGAGAGAGUGCUAUGUGUGUGUGCGCGUGAGCGAAGCGUCGCCGUAAUCUUUUCCAGACCUCCACCGCCACCCUCGGUUAUCCCGCGCCACGGUGCCCCCCCUCUCCCUCCCUCCACCUCCACCCAAAAACAAAAAUGGCCCUGAACCCCAGCGCGGCGGCAGCGGGGCGAAGGGACGUCGAAUCCACCGAGGCCGCCGCUCUCCGGCCGGAGGAGGAGGGCGGCGAGCCCCCGAAGAACUCAACCGCCGCCGCCGCCUCGGCCACAGUCAACCAAAAUGGCGAUCAUCAGCCCGCUGGAGGUGAAGACAACAACGAGAAGCCCCCCGACCGGCGGAGGACCGCGCCGCCGGACGCCGCCCGGUGCUCCGGCCCACCGGACCGGAGACCCGGCGACGAGCCGCCGCGGAGGAGUUUUCAGAUUCCGAGGAAGAUAAAAGGCUUGUACCAGUUCCUGCCGCCCGACAGCCGGGAGUUCGAGGACCUGGUGAAGAUCGUCUCGUCGUUCUACCUCGACUCCUCGUCCCGGGGCACCUUCUCCUACUGCAAGGCCCGGCUCAUCCACAACGAGCUGCUGGAGAAGGAGUUCAUCGAGAAGCGGCGCGCCAUGAAGCAGGAGGGGCGGACGGAGCCGGAGCUGACGGAGUCGUACUGCUUCCUCAAUCCGGACAAAUCCAAGCUCCAGUGGAUCUGUGAGAAGGGUCUGACGGUCGGCCACUCCAGGAUCACCACGCUGGGGAAUCCAUCAGUGGGUGUCUUCGUCUCCAGGUGUUCUGACCUGCUGCAGAUCAAUCCCUUUGAAGUCGGCUCGUCGGGAGACAUGAUCGUCUUUAAGGUCAUGAGGGGUCGAAUAAAGCACAUCUACGAGAACAUGCCUAAGAACGCCGUGGAGCCGACUCCCAAGUUCGACUGCCACUUGUCCAAAAGUGCCAACCGGGUCACGUCUCUGCUCUCCUACCGGGCCUUCGAGCUCACGCAGCAAUAUUUCUUUGAGUUUGCGUUCGAUGAGAUCAAAGCUCGGCCGCGCCACGUGCUUCCCUACGCCGUGGUGUCCUUCAAGUACAAAGGAAAGGAGGCCGCCGCCACUCCGAUGACAUCACACAGGUUCAACACAAUUUCCUCUGAAGGAAGUCGAGGGAGGAGCUGCUACACCGUGUGGAGCGGCCCGCUCGUGAACAAGGGCCACGAGUUGUUCCCCGUCUGCUUACGAUCCUCCUCGCGCCCUUACCUCCCGUUCAAGCUGCCCGAGAAGCUGGAGAUGAGUCGAGGCAUGCAGCUGGAUCAGGUGAAGCGGAAGAUUCCCUCCGUGCUCUUUUCCUGGGACACCUACAGCGCGUCGCGGGAAGUGAUGAAAUGCGGGAUGUCCUGCAGCCUGUUUGACGUGGUGGACGGGAAAGGCAAACCGACCAGCGGCAGCCUGGCGGCGCUGGUCCACAAGCUGGAGAGGGACCGCAUGGUGCUGGUGAAGUCGUUGUUCGACCGGGGCUUUCUCUUCCUGCUGUCCUCGGCGCAGAUGGUCGAGUCCAAAGAGCGGCGAGGCCGCGGCGAGAAGAGCCUGCAGGCGCUCUUCAUCUUCCAGGAGUCGAGGAUGGUCGUCAAGUAUCCGUCGCGGCUGUUCGAGUCGGAGCCGCUGACCACGGAGUCGGCGCCCGCCGCCCUCUGCGCCGCCGACCCCUUCGUGCCGGCGCUGCACUAUGCGCUCUUCAAGCUGCGCCUCAACCCGGGCAAGGACCCGAGCUCGGGGGUGGAGCGCCACGCCGCCGACUACCUGGGCCGCGUGGGCUCGGGCGGCGUGCGGCCGUUCAUCCUGCCCGACUACAAGCACGGCGUGGACGACCGCACCAACCCGCUGCUGCUGCACCGGCCCAAGUGCAACGUGGACGCCGUGCUGCGCUCCUACGUGCACAACGCCGCCGGCCACAUCUUGCCCCUGAGCAAGACCAAGGACAUCGUCGAGAGGAUAAGGAACCCCCCCGCGCCCACGCCGUUGCCCACGCCGUUGCCGUUGCCCACGCCGUUGCCCACGCCGGUAGCCAUCCCGGUAGCCAUCCCGGUUCCCGCGCCCGCGCCACCGGCUCCAGUGGAAUACAGCCCCGUGUCGGACUGGGGCGGCUCGGACCGCGGCUCGGACCGUCCGGAGAGGCCGCCGCCUCCGCCGGAGAAGCGGAGGCAAGGCGCGGCCCAUUCCAACGGGGCCCAGGCGCAGCACAAGACCCCCGCGGAGCCCCCCGCGGAGCCCCCCGCGGAGCCCCCCGCCGCCGCCGCGCCCCGGUCCCCUCAACCGGCGCCCCGUCUGUCCCAGAACGAGUACGACAAAGACAAGAUGAAGCAGCUGCUGAAGCUCAUCCAGCUGCACAAGAAGGCCGUCGUGAAGGAGCCGGGGGGCAAGGAGCGGGGGGGCGGGGAGGAGGCGGUGUGGGACGUCGCCGGCCUGAAGAGGAAGUUCGAGGGCGGCGAUCGGGCGGGCGGCGGCGCCGACAAGCGGCGAUGCACGGAUCCGCUCGGCAACGGGGAGUCCAGUCGAGCCGGCCAAGCAGAGGACAUCGGCGACGAGGCCGGACACGCCGACAACCUGACGGCGGUGAUGGAGAGCAUGGGCAUCUACGACACCGACCUGAGGGCCCACGGCAACGCCGGCGCCCCCGCCAUGAACGAGACCCAGCGCCUCCUCAAGAUCCUCCUGGCGACCCUCAACAAGGCCGUGGCUCAGGGCUCGAUGGCGGCGUCGACCGGCGGCGGGGUGCCCGUCUUCUCGGAGCCCGACCUCAAGGAUCCAAAUGAGCCGGCGACUCAAACCAACUACACAGAGGAGGACAUGGACUGCAGCCCCGGUAGUCCUCUCAGCCCGGGUUCCCCGGCAGAACCACCGGCUCACGCCUCGGACGUCUCCGCCUGGGUGAACUCUGCCAAUAAAGAACAAGCUCCGCCUCCCCCCGAGAUCGUGCCGGUGGCGAAGGCGGCCGCAGCGGCGGAACCGACAAAAAAGGCGCCGCCCGCCGCCGCGGAGGAGGUCCUCUUCCGGCCCUCCAUCAGCCUGGACACCAUUCUCAACCAGGAGAUCCACAGCCUCACCUCGGACAUCAAGAGCAUCAUGCAGACCCACCGCGUCUGCUACUCGGCGCGGCGGUCGCCGCCCCCGCGGCGCCACCUCCACCGCCGCUGGCUGCCCAACCGCCGCUUCUCGCACUACGUGGUGCCCUUCGUGUCCCCGGUGCCCGUCCUGGGCCACGUCCGGGCGCUGUGCGAGAAGAUGGACCGCUUGAUCCCGGCGCCGCCCCCGCCAGCCGCUUCCCCGCCGCCCCCGGUGACGACGUCCAAUCUCAUAACGCCGCCGCCCACCCCGGCGCAGACGCCCAAACCCAAAGCGGACGCCUCCCUGUCGAAGAGCUCCGCCUCCUCCUCCCGCGGCGGUAAAAUGGGCACCGUCAAAGGCCCGGCGGCGCCCGCCAGGUCCAAAGCGGAGGGCUCGUCGGCGGAGCCGCAGGGCGACGCCCACUCCUGCCCCUCUGGGGUCACGCCGGAAUCCCAAAAAGCCGCCGCCACUGCCGCCGCCGCCACUGCCGCCGCCGCCGCCAUCGGCGGGUCGGGCCUGCUCGCCGGCAGCCUCAUCGGGCAGCUGAAGCCCGAGGUGUUCAGCAGCCUGGUGGAGAUCUUCAAGGACGUCACCAAGAACACCGUCAAGUUCUACAUCUACUGCGGCGCCGGCGGCGAGGAGAGCACCGUGUGCAAAGAGAUCAAGGAGUACUUGAAGAGUCUCGGCAACAGCGAGUGCAGCCCGCAGACGUUCCUGGAGAACAGCGGCAGCUUAGAUAAGCUGCUCAUCAUCAUUCAGAACGAGGACAUCGCGGCGCACGUGCACAAGAUCCCGGCUCUGGUGUCCCUGAAGAAGUUGCCCUCGGUGAGCUUCGCCGGCGUGGACACGCUGGACGACGUGAAGAAUCACACGUACAACGAGCUCUUUGUGUCCGGGGGCUUCAUAGUGUCGGACGAGUUCGUCCUCAACCCCGACCUCAUCACGCAGGAUCGCUUGAUGGGGCUGCUGAAGUUCCUGGAGGAGCAGAGCACCCCCGAGCGGCCCUGGCAGUGGAAGGUACACUGCAAGUCCCAGAAGAAGCUUAAAGAACUAGGGAGGUUGAACGCCAACGCCAUGGGGCUGCUGAACCUGCUCAUGACCUACCAGAAGAAGCACCUGGUGGAGUUCCUGCCGUACCACGAGUGUGACGCGCAGGCGCGCCAAGCGCCGGACCUGGAGUGCCUGGUGAAGCUGCAGGCUCAGCACACGCAGCAGCGGCACCUCAUCUUCCUCACGGAGAGGCCGUUUGAGAUGUUCCUCCAGUACUCCAGGAACGGGAUCGUGAUCGGGAGCAUCGACGACGUCAUGAGCGGCUUCCACAGCCUGAUCGGCUCCAUCAGGCAGAGCGAGCUGCCCACGCCGCUCUCGACAGUCGUGAAUGACGAGUGUGUGGAAGAGGAGGACAUGUCUUUGGACUCCAACGACGACGAAGAUGAUGAUGAGCGCGGCGGCGCCUGCGAGCCGCCCUUGGGGUCGCCCCCCCCCCCGGUGACGGGGAAGUCGCCGCCGCUGCCGCCGGACGCGGACGAGUUCCGACCGCCGCUCCCGGAGCGCCAGGCGACGCCGGAGCGAGCGCCGACGCUGUCGGACUACAGCGCCCUGAAGACGGCCAUCUCCCAGUUCAAGGCCACCAACCAGAUGGGGGCGGGGCCGCCGGACGGCGGCGGCGGCGGCCUGUCGCCGGGCGGAUUCCCUGUGAACCCCCACCAAAGCUUCCUGUGCCCCUCGUGGUCGUCCUACACGGGCUCCUCCAGCUACGCGGCCUCGCCGGCCUACCCGGCGUCGCCCUGCGGCGCCGCCCAGGAGCAGGAGUACCGCCCCCACGGGCCGCCGCCGGCCGCCACGGCCCCGCCCACCGCGAUCCCGCCGCCCCCGGUCGCCAUGGGGGCGGCGGGACCUCUCGCCAACAUGGCGUCCCUCCCCAUGGCGGUCAAACCUCCCCCUCCGCCUCACCUCAUGAUGCUGGGCCACACGUACGGCUCGGACGCCGCCGGGGCUGCUGGGAACUCCCCGCUCGCCGCCGCCGCCUCCGUCCCGUACACGGACCUCAACGACUCGGCCCCGCCGGCGUACAUGGCCGGCGGGACCCCCGGGCAACACAACAGGACGCUCGCGCGGCCCGGGGACGGCAUGUGGAGGGGCGGAGCUUGUCGGACUGCUGGCGGCCAGGGCGGGGUCCCGCCCGGCGGGCCUCCUAACGCCGGGGAGACCCUCGGAGGAGGCGGCGGUCAGGGCGGCAGGACUCAGGAGAACUGCAUCAACAACCUGGGAGCCUCCGCGGUUAUCCCCGCGGCGGCCACCAGGGGGAGCCCCGCCGUCAGGCCCAAGAUGCCCCUGCAUCCCAUGUGCGGCGUGGGCUACGGCGGGAGGGGCGGGCAGAUGGAUUACGGGCCGAUGCGGGGGGGCGGCACGGGUCUCGGUUUCUCGAGGGGCUACCGGGGUCGAGGAGCCCCCCCGCCGGCAGGACUUUGGCCUCGGCCAGGACGAGGACACGACCGGGGGGGCGGGGCGGGAGGCGGACCCUGUGGCUCCUGGGGUUACCCGACGGGGAGGGGCGGGGCCCAGGGCCACUACUCGGACUACACGUACACUCACAGCUACGCCCCCGAGUAGACGGUCAAACUCCAGAGACUCGGAUGAAGCCGAAUGUAAAUAUAUUUCCCUUUGACACGAAGACGCAUCGAUUUUGAAAUCAGAAAAUAAGGAAUUUUUGGUUUUCUACAAUAAUGAACAUGGUGGAUGUGGGCGGCGCCGCCCACGCACACUCUUUCCAUAUGAACUAUUUGAGACCCGGUUCAAAACCACUAUAUUUAUAUUUGCCAACAACAAAAUGAUAAUGGCCUUCCAGCUUCUCGGAAUUGAACACAUUAUUUCUGUUUGUCCAGGUUUGUGAACAAGGAAGGGGGGGAGGGGGGGGGUGAAAGGCUGAUAUUUUUUAAGAAGAAAAAUUAAUUGAGUGAAUGAGAAAGUUCACUUUUGCUGUUGGUUUUUCUUUAUUUUUAUUUUAUUUUACAUGUUCGGUUGUCCUAAAUUCUAUUAAAAUAAAACAUUUCAAAUCUUAUUUGUGUGAUCAGUUUGAUGACGGUGUCAAGCAAACUAUUAAAUAUAUAAAUCACA